AUGCCCGAAAAUGGACGGAGCGCACCGAGGGUGGCGCAGGCCUACGUGAACCAGCGCAAGCUGGAGCAGGAGGUGAAGACGCUGCAGGCGCAGGCGGCGCAGUUCGCGCGCCAGAGCGGCCACUGGAUCGCCAUGGUGGAGAGCUUCAACCAGGCCCUCAAGGUGGGNNNCGUGGAGAACUGGGCCAGGAGCAUCGAGCUGGACAUGAGGACCAUCGCCACCGCCCUGGAGUACGUCCACAAGGGGCAGCUGCAGCCCCCCUGCUCCUGAGGGACCCCCGCGACCCCCCCAAACCCCCCAAAACCACCAAACCCCCCGGGACCCCCCAAACCCCCCCAAUAACGGAGGGCGGGGGUCUCACCGCGCCGUCCUCGGCUCCCCCCGGCGCUGGCAGCGGUGCAAUAAAUCCGGGGGGGGGUCCGGGGGGUGAGGGGGGGUCGGGCCGGGCCGGGGGGACCCUGGCACGGCCCCCCCAAAUCCCCCCUAAGCCCCCUGAUCCUCUUUAGCGCUCA